UGUGAUGUGAUGUGAUGUGACGUCUCCGACUAGUUAUUUACUAGGUUAACUAACUGACCCUCCCUCACCAUCAACCACUACGGCUACAACCUAGCACAUACCCGGAUCACAGCUUCAGCAACGUGCAGAGAGUUCUGUUUGGGUUACUGGCAUAUAACGAAUCUUGAUAUUCUUCAAACCCCGAUUUACCUUGGUUUUGGCGGAUUUGUCCUCUACAGAGACAUACAGGCUUGAAUCAUGUCACUCCACUCACAUCCCACCUCGAAGAUUCGAUAGCGGCGCUCCAGGCACCACACACCUACAAUAUAGAGCGGAGUGCUAGAUCUUUAGACUCUGUAUUCCGAAGUGAUUUUUUCAAGUUCAGGCGGUUUAUAUCUUCCAACUAACUACCAUGUUCGAGAAAUCACUUUACGACCUCAUUCGAGGUCUGCGGAAUCACAAGUGGAAUGAGGUAGAAUAUAUUCAAAACAGCAUUAAGGAAUGCCGGGUUGAGGUGAAGUCGCAGGACAUGGAUAAAAAGGCAACCGCUCUCCUGAAAUUAAUAUACCUGGAAAUGUUCGGAUAUGAUAUGUCUUGGGCUGCAUUCCACGUGCUUGAAGUCAUGUCAUCGGCGAAAUAUCCACAGAAGCGCGUCGGCUACCUAGGAGCCGUGCAGAGUUUCCGCCCAGAUACAGAAGUUCUCAUGUUAGCUACCAAUCUAUUGAAGAAGGAUAUGGUCUCUCCUCUGGUUCCGACGAUGUCAUUACCCCUCCUCACGCUACCCCAUAUAAUUUCUCCCUCCCUAGCUCUAUCUUUGUUGACAGAUGUGCUACCCCGUCUGUCCCAUUCCCAUCCUGCCGUUCGAAAGAAAGCGGUGGUUAACCUCUACCGGCUUUCCCUGGUCUAUCCAGAAGCUUUUCGGAUUGCUUGGCCAAAAAUCAAAGAGCGCUUGAUGGAUGAGCAAGAGGAUAGCAGUGUUACCGCAGCUGUCAUCAAUGUUGUCUGUGAAUUGGGCUGGAGACGUCCCCAAGACUUCCUUCCCCUGGCUCCGCGACUAUUUGACCUUUUGGUUGAUGGUGGGAAUAAUUGGAUGGCCAUCAAAAUUAUCAAACUGUUUGCAACAUUGACACCUCUGGAGCCACGGUUAGUUCGAAAGCUCCUCCGACCUUUGACUAAUAUCAUUCAAACGACGACAGCGAUGUCUUUGCUUUACGAAUGUAUAAAUGGGGUAAUCCAAGGUGGCAUCCUAGAUGGCGCUGAAGGUGUGCGGGAAGGAGAGGAGAUCGCUAAUCUCUGCGUGGAGAAACUUCGAGGCAUGAUUGUCAUGGAAGGCGAUCCCAAUUUAAAAUACGUCGCACUUCUUGCAUUUAACAGGAUUGUGGCCUCGCACCCAACGUUGGUUGCCAUGCAGCAAGAUGUCAUCAUGGACUGUUUAGAUGACAAUGAUAUUUCCAUCCGGUUGCAGGCGCUCGAACUCGUUUCUGGCAUGGUGUCCAGUGAUUCCUUACACGCAGUUGUCUCCAGGCUAAUCACCCAACUCCAAAUGUCCCCAGCACCAACGGAUGAUGUACAGGUUAUUUCUACCAUACCUGCUGUGUUAACUCCCUCGGCCGAUAUCGACGGAGACGAUCCAGAGGAGCAGCUGCAGUCAACCAACAAGAGAAAUGAAUCCGUACUUGCCCUACCCAACCACUACCGCAACGAAGUCCUUCACCGAAUACUAGAUAUCUGUUCACGUGAUACAUAUUCAUCGAUUGUAGACUUCGAAUGGUACGUUGACGUUCUUGUCCAGUUGGUUCGCCUUGUGCCACCACCAACCGGUACAGACUUGCCAGAACUCCAUUCUCAGAAAGGGGGCGUUGCGGGUCGGAUUGGAUACGAACUGCGCAAUGUCGCUGUACGGGUAAAGAGCGUGAGGCCCGAAGCCACCCGAGCCGCAGAAUUGUUGAUAUUGAUGGAUAAUCGAGAGACACUCUUCCCUGUCGCCAGCGCUACUUGUACAGACAUCCUCGAAUUUGUUGCUUGGAUAGUGGGGGAGUAUGCAGAGUACCUAGAGGUCCCCGAUCGCACCCUGACGUCCUUGCUUCAUCCCUCGAAUCUCUAUCUACCCGGUACUGUUUUGUCGUCAUAUCUUCAGGCCAUACCUAAGCUCUUCGUUUCCCUAACAUCGAACUCUUAUGGCUGGGAUUCUUCAAGACAAACCGAGGUUUCGCUUGUUCUAGCACGAAUCACUGAUUUUCUUGAAAAACUAUCUUCUCACCCCGACCUGGAUGUUCAGGAACGCGCUAUUGAAUUUCUUGAACUCCUCCGCCUCACCGCAGAGGCCAUCUCUUCCCAGGACACCGAGAGCAGCGAUGCUCCACUUCUCAUCUCAUCAGCUAUUCCGAGCUUAUUUGCUGGUAUUGAACUUAAUCCCGUCGCCGUAGGCGCCCAGAAGAAAGUCCCCCAGCCCGAAAACCUCGAUCUAGACAAACCUCUAAACGACAGACUCCACUACAUCUUAACAGAGUCAGAAAACGGCUGGCUGGGUAUAUCCGAUCAAGAUGACUUCCGAGACUUUUACUACGUCCCGGACCUCGUCAGCACCAAACAACAGUCCUACACCAAAGAAUCCACAACACCUAACAUCACGCAGACAUCCUACCAGAAUAUGACAGACGAUUUUGCCGAAAGUGCCGAAGCCAAAGCCCGACGCCGUGCUGAGCGCAGGGAUCGUAACAAAGACGAUCCGUUUUACAUUGGACACGACGAGGGGUCAUCAGGAACGUCCACACCCUUUCACCAAGUCCUUCGCACUUCUAAUGGCGAAGAGCUGGAUAUUGAUUCCAUCCCAAUUAUUGACCUAGCCAUUGAAAGCAGCAAAGCAACGUUACCAUCAGCAAUCAGAAGAGGAGAGGGACGACCCAAAAAGGCCCACUCAAAACCCAAAAAGGUAGAAAUACUAGGUGAUGAAACCAUAACUAUUAGUGACGGACGUGCCGCAUCCACGGGAGGCCUAACAUUAACCACCGCAACGGCGGAAAAACCCAAAAUUAAACGCUCCCUCCUCGAAGUCGAUUCGAGCGGCCUAUCCAAUCUUUCUCUCGACGAAGCUAGCGGACCGGGGGGAUCUGGACCAGCAGCACCGGGCUUGAGUAUACACGAUAUCGAGCGCCGGGAAACAGAAGAAGCGGAGAUGGCGAAGGCGAUGCUAGAGAUUGAGAGGUUGAGGUUAGAGAUGCAGCGUGCGGCGGACCGGGUAGAGGCGCAUGGCGUGCCACCGGAGGGUACACUUGUUAAGCGGAAGAAGAAGAAGAAGAUGGACCAGGAUGAUGCUAGGGUGAAGGCUAAGACGAAGCAAAAGGAGGGUACCGGUGGCGAGAGACCUCUAACACCAGGCUCCAUGGCUGCCCGUGCAGCUCCGGCUGGUAUUGCCGGGAACCCGGUAGUUCCUGGCGGCGAAGCCAGCGAGGGCGGAGUGGAGGUAAAGCGGAAGAAGAAAAAGAAAACUUCAUCAUCCUCUAAGAAAAAGAAAGAUGAUGCAGCUGCCAGCUCUGGUGCUGGUGUUAAUGCACAUGAGGCUCAGGUUUCAUAAACACGUUCCUAGUUUUCAUAGCUAUUGCACUUUUGGAAGGUUUGGUGUUUGCAUGUCUAUAAAGAUACGGGUACCUUAGGUAUAUAGCAGGCAUAUCCGGAUGCAUAAUUUAGAUGACAUACAUGAUGAUAUUCAAGACUCAAGGAGACCAUGGUCAAUACCUCACUUAAUACCUAAAAGUUAUAAACAGGACAUUCCAUUCCCGCACCGACACAUAUGGAUACAGAAAAUAGUUACGCAGGUAUACAGACAAUUGAUAAAUAAUGAGACAGAUACAGCGAAAUUAACUAAUAACACAGGUACAUGUCAGAAAUAAUGCAACGCCCUUCCUCACAUUUCAACUAAGCAGACCAAAGCAUCAGUCAAGGAGCAACAACGCAGGCGCCCAAGUGAAGAAGAUUUUGAUAUACA